AUGGUCCUCGCCCUCAUGUCCACCGCUCUGAUGGUCAAACUCGCCGUGUUCGGCGCGGUGGCCGCAGCGAUGUGGUUUGCAUUGGAGUUCUUCGGUGGAUCGGGUAACGAACGCACCAGCGAGCGGCUCGAAGAGCUACGCGACCCGGGCGGUCGCAAUGCGGGUCGUGAACGCAAGCAAUCGGACAAAAUGGCGAAGCUCAUCGAGCGUGCCACGCCGACCAUCGCUGCGCCGCUUCAACCGAAGACCAAGGAAGAGGCGGGCAAGCUCAAGCAGCGGCUCGCGCAUGCCGGCUUCCGCACCGAGUCUUCGAUCAGCGUCUUCCUCGGAACUAAGCUGUUGUGCCUCGGCUUUGGCUUCCUCGCCGGGGGCGGCGCCGCUUACUUCACCAAGGGUCUGACCGUCGACGCGGCGAUUAUCACGGUCGCCGCCGCGGGCGUGAUGUUCUUCCUGCCGGACGUCGCCGUCUGGUUCAUGAAGCGGUCGCGCCAGGACAACAUCUUCUACGGCCUCCCCGACGCGCUGGACCUGAUGGUCGUCUGCGUCGAGGCGGGCCUUGGUCUCGACCAGGCGAUGCGGAAGGUAAGCGAAGAGAUGCGCAAAUCCUACGGCGUCCUCGCCGAGGAGUUCGCCCUGUGCAACUUGCAGUUGCAGAUGGGCUCGCCACGCAACGAGGUGCUAUCGGAGCUCGGCUCGCGUACCGGCGUGGAUGACUUGAAGGCAUUGGCGGCGAUUCUGAUCCAGGCCGACAAGUUCGGUUCGAGCGUCGCCCAGGCACUACGCGUGCAAAGUGACUCGAUGCGGACACGCCGCAGUCAGAUGGCCGAAGAGAAGGCCGCCAAGACUGCGGUGAAGCUGAUCUUCCCGCUAGUGAUCUUCAUCUUCCCGGCGAUCUUCGUCGUGCUGGUGGGACCGGCCGCGAUCACGAUGAUCAACGAGAUGACAGGGGCAUUCACGCGCUGGGAGCGCGAGGCCCGGGGCCCGGUUCUGGUCGGGCGUGUUCCACGGACGGAGCGAAUGAUGAAGCGGACCCUGCUAGCUGCCGCCGCCCUCGCCGCGGCCGUCCCCGCAGACGCCUUCUGGCUUGGUGAGUUCUAUUGCUAUCUCGAAGAGCGUCGCGAAGAGCAGAACGCUUGGCCUGCCCAGUUCGUCGAGCAAGACCGUAACGCGACGGCGACGCCGUUCGACAUCAUGAUCCGCAACGGCUGGCGCCGGCAGAACCUGCUCGGUAGCCACCAUUUCAAUGCGGACUGCACCGAGCUCACGCAGGCCGGCAAGCUCCGCGUCCAGUGGAUCCUCACGCAGGCGCCGCCCGAGCAUCGGCAGGUCUUCGUUGAACGUUCGCUCGACGCGGACAUCACACAGAACCGCAUCGCCACGAUCAACGACUUCUCGACGCAAGUCGUCAACGACGGCAUGACGCCGCAGGUGACCGAAACGAAUCUCGUGUCAGACGGCCGGCCGGCAGUGACGGUGGACUUCGUCAACACCCAGUUCCGCGAGAACAUGCCGACACCAACGCUGCCCACCCGGGGGGGAGCCACUGUGCGAAAUCACCUGACCGCGGCGAUCGCCGCCACGAUGUCGCUCGCGGCGAUUGACGCCGCCGCGGCGCCGGCUUCGAUGUUGCACACGCUGCCGUCGGGCGCGCAGCCGUCCCAGUCGGCGCCGGCUGAGAAGGGGCCAUUCUCGUGGGCAACCAAGUGGUUCCGCGAUAAGCCGACCGAACAGGCUCCGCCACCCGAGGCUUCGCCAUCGCCGAUCCUGGCUUACCAACCGCCGAUGAGCUCGGCGCAGCUGGCCAAACCUGCCGGCACGGCGACUCGCCCCUCGGCCACCAACGCGGCGUUUGCCGCAAAGCAGCCACCGGCGAUGAACAGCGCUUGGCAUGGCUUCGGCGGCGUUGCAAUACCGGCAGUAUCGACGCCUUCGGACACGACACCUAUCCGACAAGCGCCGCGGACACCUAUCAAUCAGAUCUCGCCGAGUAUCGGCGCUACGUCGACGCCUGCUGACGAGGCUCGUUCCCUGCGUGAGCAGGGCCACGCCAAAGACCGCGCUGGCGAGCUUAUCGCUGCUGAGCAGCUGUACCGCCAGGCGCUCGCCGCCGACCCCACCAGCGCCGCGUCGGUCAACGACCUCGGCCUCUGUUUGGCAAGACAAGGAAAGCUCGAACCGUCGGCGGCCAUUCUGCGGCAGGCGAUCACGAUGCGGCCUGACAAGCAGCUCUACCGUAAUAACAUCGCAACGGUGCUCGUCGAGUUGGGCAAGACUGACGAAGCGCUAUCGCACCUCCAAGCCGUCGGCAGCCCCGCGGCUGCUCAUUACAACGUCGGCCAACUCCUCGCCCGGGGCGGCAAAGUGGCCGACGCCAAGACGCACCUCGAGAAGGCAAUCCAGAUCGAGCCCUCAUUGGGCGCCGCCCGCGAAGCCCUAGCGAAACUCGACGCGCCUUCUGUUGAGGCGAUUGCCGAGCAAGAACCGACUAAGUCAGAACCCAUCGCCGUCGCGCAGGCGGCGCCGGCUACGCCACAACUGCCGCAGCCGUCUCCGGAAACGGAUAUCACGCCGCUUGAGCCCGCUGUCACCCGGCAAGAAGCCCUAUCGGGCCCGCCGAGCUUCCCACGACUGUUGCCACCAGUGAUCAACCGCUGA